AUGCGCUCCUUCUUCUCGAAACGCAACGCUGGAACUCAAGCCCCGAAGCGAAAGAAGAAGGAUGAAGUCUCUGCCGAUGGAGUUCCGGUCGUCUUUAAAGGUGAUGAAAGUCUAGUCCAGCUACACGCAGAAACAGCGGAACUGUUGAGACUCGUCAAGACGCCCGUAAAAACUCCAAAGAAAAACCCAAAAGUCGGUACUGGAACGUCGUCCAAAGAAGGUAAAACGCGCUUGACGAUCGAAGUUCUAGAUGAUGACGACGAGGAGAACCAAGAUGAUACUAAGCCUAAGAACGAUCAAGACCUUAAGUCACCACUAGGGCCAGCCAGUCCUAUCGAUCCAAUUGAUCCAUCAGCAUUUGAUGCCGAAGAAACGCGGAUUCGUCAAGCCAAAGACACGUUCUACCCAGAUAUGAGACCGUCAAAACACAGCGUCGAAUGGCAGAAGGGCGCCUUCCAACGAGAACAGAAUCGACAGGAGGAUAUUGACAAUGGAGAGCGUCGCAGAACGGAGCAAACCAUCCGAAACAAACAACGGAAACGUGAUCAACCGCUCGAGAACCGACUGGAAACUAGUGCCACGCUGAUUCAAGCGCAGUCUCGAGGGUUUCUGUGUCGUCGAAGGUGGCGCGACCACCACAAAGCUACUGUGGUUGCGAAUUCUAACAACGUGGAGUCUGAGGGGGAUCAGUGGCAUGAGGUGCGUGAUGUCGAGCGUGGCGAGGUCUGGUACUAUAACGCGACGACGGGGGUCAGUCAAUGGGAACCUCCUGUAGGACAAAUUACGAAGAAAAGUCUAUCGCGAACCACCCAACUCUCUUCGUUAAAGGGGCCUGACGCUCUUCCUCCUCUUUCACCGUCGUGUUCCUCUGCAAGAUCGACAUCCAGUGAUCAGGAACUGCAGCGGCGGAUAUCUGGCACUCGUCGGUCGAUCGAAGCCAGGAAAUCCAUCAAAUCUCCUCGAAAUCUACCGGCGCUUCAGCCCGAAUCGAUCCCUUCGUCUCCAAAUGUGUGGGAAUGCGACUCGGUGCUCCCUUCAGAGCGUAGUCUCACUAGCGAGACUCAAGACAACGGUGACUAUGCAGACAGCGACGUAGGCGAUCCUGAGCCACUACUCGAUAAAAGGCGGUCUCUGUCUCUUCAUCUGGACGAGGAGCCAGAGGACCGACUUGCUAGUGACGACCCCACCAGCGACUGGCAGACUAACGACACACUCUUCCGUGCAGACGGCAGUAAGAACAGUAAGCUGCGCGAUACAAUCCGCACUGCUCUACACGUGUCCAAGUUCGACUCGAUCUCUUCACUCAUCGCUUCAAACGCUGUGCUACGACGUAAAUCUGUUCGUGGUAAACGGUCUCGGAACCAAUCUGGGGCUGCGAUGCCAGGAACUCGUCGAAGAGAGAUCGUACUUGGCAAGCGUGAAGAGCCGGUAUUCGUCGCUGUACUGGCCCGUGAUCGAGACAAGAGAGUGAAAGGAGAUCGGGGUAACCUGCAGUCCCCAGCACGAUCGAGUACUCGAAGCAAAGCCAAGACGGCGAGACGGGCUCCACAUAUCCGUGACCUGGCAGACCCUGACGCUGCUCGCCAAGAAGCUGUACGAGUGUGCUUCAACUGCUGGAGUGCCAGCAAUGGACGUCACUGUGACUUACACGAAGACCCGAGAGAUGCAACUAGAAAAGUUCGCUCAGCUGAGAGCGCCCUCAUGUGUGCGAACUGGGAACUGGACCAGCUGCGUCGGAAAUACCGAGCGGAAGAGAUCCAGGAAAUCUUCAUGAAGCAACGAGCAAGUCUGCGUUACGACCGCAAGUUAAAGCAAUACGUGACUGUAAUCGAGUGUCGACAUCCUAUCUACCGAGCACUAGACCAGCUGUCGACUGCUUGGAACAAGACCAUGCGUCGUAAACUCCACACUCGCUCCUGGUUCCGAUCAUUCCUCGAACAGAUACGAACGGGUCGCUUACCUCGAGCACUGCGAGGUGGCAAGGAUUCCACCCGACCCCCGUCGUUCUUCAAGCUCAAAAACACACUUCAGAAUGCUCAAUGGGUCUCCAAGUACUCGGAAAGUGUAGCGAACUUCCACCCGAAAGCUCCUGUGACUGCCAAAGACCGUACGGGUACCCACCCAGUUCCUCUUCACGACGUCAUUAUGAUUCAACCGGCUAAGCCGCAACUACGCAACUGGAUCCUCGUGACGGAGUACACGACACCUACAGCUCUGUACAAGCCUCGAGUCUACGAGUUGCCACCUCCACGUUGUGUUCCUAUGCCUGUCCCGACCUUCCUAGAACGCUUACCACUCCCCGUCCCGAACGUCCACUUGGACGCAGGCCAUAGUGCUAGUUGGCUAGAGAGGUUAUCAGCGCGUCUGGCUAUCGCUGCUCUACAGAAGGCUGCGCUUCAGAUCGGAGCGUGUAGUCCUCCCCAUGGCUCGACCGAUGCAAGACGAACCAAGCACGUGAGAUCUCUGGUCGUGCUCUUCGCGACCUUCGCUCGGAAGCCUACACGGGGCAACAUGGACGUCGGUGGCUUGUCCGCUCAACUGUUGAUCCACAUGCUCGUCACCACAUACAUCCCGGCGCAAUUUGGUAACAUUGUGGUGUUCGACAGACGUGCCGUAGCCCCCGCGCCAUCACGUGACGAGAGCGUAACCUUCGUGUGUCUCGUCGUCGAGCCUCGUACCCCCGAGUACGUGUUUCGAGCGCUUCAACAUGCUCUGAACGUCCGGAGACCUCCGUGUCUCGUCGUGGCUGCUCGAAUCCACCUCGACGCAGCGCUCGACGCCCGUCGAUUCCCCCCUAAUCGUCCAGAACAAACAGGAGAGGAAGACGCCAACGGAUUCCGGACGUAUUGGCUCGUUGACCCCUUUGUUGUGGAUGAUGCCGUGUGCGGUGUACAGGUCGCUCCUUCAAGCGCGAUCCUGGCUCCGAACGUGGCGUCGAUGAACGCGACUGUAACCACACGCGUGGAUCGAACGUACCCCUUCUGUGUGCCUACAACACGUGAGAAUACGCCCGUGGAGUUCAUCCACCUGCUCUGGAUCGGCCAGUCCAGUCGAAACCAGCCUCAAGCCUUCACGACGCUCGGUAGGCAACAACCUGGCGACUUUAUGAAGAACUCGAACCCGGACGGUGCUCUCGGAGCGUGCGCUAGUGUCGUAUACCGCAGUUGGGCUUACAUGCAGCAUAGUCCGUACGACGAGUUCGUCACGGACGACGGCGUGGCGUACUGGUACGACCGCAACACGGGCGAUACCUUUUGGACACGUCCCGUGCUACCCGUAGAGAAAUUCCGAGGUAAAGACGGAGAUAUUGACGGUGUUGUCACGACCGGAGAAGGCGAAGUCGCCACACUUGGCCAGAAUCUUCGCAAGUAUUUGGCCAAGAAGAUGGAGGCUCCAGCAGACAAGGACCGGCGUGUUAAACUUGUGACUGCAAGUGCCAAGAAGCACGACAUCGUCCUCUCCUUGAAGCGUCAACAACGCAUGUCGCUGGACUGCAGUACCAAGCAGAUGAUUGACAGCAUCACGCAAGCGCUCGGUGGAGUCGCUAAAGGAGCCAACGUCGACAUGUUGCAGCUUGGCAUCGGCCUUGGAAUGGGUCUCGGUAUGCGUGAGGAAGAAGACGACGAACAAGCCGAUUCCUCGAGGUCCAUCGCUGCCUCUCUGCUGUCCUCACGAAGCGGCUAUUCCGUGGCUGCAUCGGUCGAUAUCUCGCCCACUCCGGACGACGUCGAGUUUGAUGAAGGACCUCAUGUAGGCAAGAAAACGCCAGGGUUUCAGACCCACCCACCGCCAGGAGAGGGAAAGUCCUGGGUGCGGAAGCCUGUGGACGCGUCUGGAGCGAGUCAAACCGCAGUCGAAGGCUUCGGGGGAGCCUUACACCAACGAGUAGCGUGUCUUCCUAGAGACUUUGUGGCAGCUGUAACCAGUACCAAAACGUGUCAAAUGCAGGCCAACUACCUGCCCGUCAUCAAGAACACGAACCAACCGACUAGUGUCGGCAUUGUGCGGCCUCGUGGGGCUCUGGACGAGUGGCUGGCGAUCGGAUAUUCGCCGUGGACAGCAGGACGCUCGGUCUUCAGCAAGCAGUUAAUCGCAGACCUCACGCUGCGUCCAGAGCUCAAACGCGACGCCGUCUCCCAAGCCGUGAAAGAAUCUGAACAGCUCGAGACGCUCUUCAGUCUCUGUCGACACGGGAAAUACGACGAGGUCGAGCUGCUGCUCAAUAGUCCGGACUGGUCCCUCGGGAUCGACGCUAAAGACUCGACGGGCAACACGCUGCUGUCUGUGGCCUGUCAGAACAACAACAAGCGCAUCGCCAAGCUCUGUCUGCGUCGUGGAGCGGACCUCAACACGCAGAACUUGAACGGCCAAUCGCUGCUCCACUACUGCCACGAGUACGGCUUCCACGACUUGAUGGAGUAUCUGAUGGACAAAGGGGCUCGAGACGAUCUGCUGAAUGCCGACGGACUCACGUGCUACGAAGGUUUCAGUCAGGACGCUGUCGACGCCAUCUAG